CGUCAAUUACACUUAGACGCCGCUUUUAUUCUCAAAUCCUUUGCUCGGUUCGCUACUUUAGUUCUUACAGAGCAUCGGAGUCAGAACAGAGCCACUUUCUUCGUCUCGCUGUACAAAACAUUACGCAACUGGGUAAUUCCAAUUUUCGUUCAGAGUAGAGCCGUCUUCUCUCGGCCACGAAUAUCGAUUUUCAAGCAUGCUGGAGAUAGAACCGCGAGGAAGUGAGCGGUGUCGCGUUUUGUAGAAGAGAAACUGAAAAACAAAAUAUAUCAAGAUGAACAAAAUGGAUUAUAUGGAGAUCACCGUACCGAACUCUUCGUAUGUCUUCAAAUUCGAAGAAACCUUCAGUCCCAUGGACACCACGGCGUGGAUGGUAGACAACUGGACAAAUGGUUUCUACUAUUGUGGCAUUUACAUGAUUAUAGUAUUUGGUGGACAGCAUUACAUGUCCACGAGAUCAAAGUUUGAACUAAGAGGCUUGCUCGCACUUUGGAGCACACUACUUGCAACAUUUUCCAUUAUUGGAUUCACUAGAUCAGCGCCAGAAUUGAUCAGAGUGCUAAGGCAUUUUGGGCUUCACCAUAGUAUUUGUGUACCUAGUUUCAUCGAACAUAACCGUGUGACUGGUUUCUGGGCAUGGAUGUUCGUGCUAUCAAAACUUCCCGAACUUGGUGACACGAUCUUCAUCGUGUUAAGAAAACAGCCUCUAAUCUUUCUACAUUGGUAUCACCAUAUAACAGUGCUUCUUUACUCGUGGUUUUCAUAUUCGGAAAACACAGCACACGCUAGAUGGUUCAUCGUAAUGAAUUACUUCGUUCACUCCAUAAUGUACUCGUAUUACGCUCUGAAAGCAAUGCGCUACAGACCACCAAAAUGGAUUUCCAUGUUCAUCACGAUUCUGCAGAUAGCACAAAUGGUUAUCGGCCUCUACGUAAACAUUAAAGCUUACCAGUACUUGGAAAGUGGCCAGAUUGAGUGCAAUGUCUCGCGUGUCAAUGUCAAAUUCAGUUUGCUCAUGUACUUCAGCUACUUCGUCCUUUUCGCUAAAUUCUUUCACGACGCCUACCUGGGUACUAAACACAGCAAGAAAGCGGCAGGGAAGAAUUACGCCAACGGAAAAGUGGACUACGAAAAGCUCAAGGCUAAUUAAAGCACACAGACAAUUUUUGAAAACAUAUUUUCUAGCGACAAUUUCCGAAGACAUUUCUUGAAAAUGCUUUCCGAGCAUGCUUUUUAAGGACGUAAUUUGAGAAUGGUUUUUCAAGAAAUGCACUUUAAAAAUGUUUUUUUUUUUUUUCUUUUUUUCUUUUUUCUUUUUUAGAAGCCUUUGUCAACAUGAAGUCACAAAAUGUUGUGAUAGGGUGAAUGAGGUGAUGUGUUAUUUCAAGAUAUAGCACACCGAAUUUUAAGGUAAUAUCAACUGUUGCACACUGAAUAUAGUAAUAAAUUAAUUGAUAACCUGUUUAACAUAUUUAAUGUUAAAUGUGUUAUCAGACGUAAGGAAAUUCUUAGAGGCAUUUCUUGGAAAUAUUUUUUCGUUCUAGAAACAAUUUCUAAAGAAGUUUCUUGAUAACAGUUUUUGGGUAACGUUUAUGGAGUUAGAAUAUUGUAAAAAAAAGAAAAAAAAACUUUGGUAGAACGAGGAUAGUGACAUAAUAUUUAAUGAUAUGGCACAUUGCACGAACAUAUUAUUUAACAUGAAAUUAUUUAAUACCGGAGAAUAUGUUAAGCAUAGCGCAUUUAACAGUAAAUAUGAUAUAUUUUCUACUAAAUUUAUGAAUGUUUGACAUAUUUAAUGUUACAUACACGGAGAUGAAUAAAUAUGGUCAAAUAUGAUAAGAAUGUAUGGCAGUUUGUAUAAGUGUAAAUAUAAAUGAUACUCUGAAAUAUGUAUUGAUCGUGAUUAACCUAAUAGAAAUUUUUCUUUAAACUGUUGCUUUAAACUUUCUUUGGACUAGUAUAAAAUCGAUACUAGAACUUUUUUAUAUGACGUAUUAAAAAAUUGAUAAUAAUAAAAAACAGAAAAUGAAUUAAAAAAAGAAGAAACCGUUCUGAAGCCUCGUUCUACCGGGAUAAAGAUACAAAAUUGGUGUCGAAAAAGCCACAAAAAAAAAAGGACAAGAAACAUUGUGUCCAUUGAAAUUUCGUUAGGCCUAUCUCCAAAACGAGCUAAAUAUUCUUUUUAGAAAAUGGUAAAAAGAAGGUAGAUAAAAAUUGAAAGAUAAAAUUAUAAUUCUGCACUGUUGACAGUGAUUUCAUCAUUCAUGACCAUUAAAAACAAAAAAUUUAUAUUUACUAUUUUCUAUCACGACUAUCUUAUACUACUAGUGUAAUAAAAUGGGCUGUUUACUGAUAUUUCCUAACGUUGGGGGUGCAGCCAGCUUUGCAAAGAGGUCUGUUGUGUUUGCAAAUUUUCAUACUUUACAAUCAGUUCCAAAAUUAUUGUAUCGCACUACGUUAGUUUAUUUGUACAUUCGUUAAAAUCAUAUGAAAAAUUUAUAUAAUAUAAUUUUAGGCAUUGCACAUACAAUAACAAAAGUGUAAAUUAAACGAGACAUUGAAUAUGUAUGUGAAUAAUGAAAAUGAAGAGUUAUGUUCUCAGAAAAGAUAUAGAAUCAUACAAGUUUUGAAAACUUGAAAUCUUUACUGAAAACAAAACGAAUAAUUUAAUAAAAAAACAAAUAUUUGGAAAACGAAUACCCUAUGAUUUCGUAUCUUUGUAGGGCUGGUCGCCCUGUGAAAUGUAAACUGACCGAUUCUAGUCGUAUGGUCAGGAUAAGAGCACUUAUUCGCUAAAACAGGAACGUAUUGAAACGUGCUUCAAUAUUUUAAAUUUUUGUUCACGCCGCUGAUUGACGCGCACUUCCAUACUGAAAAUGAUUUAUGUACCUUCCUUUUAAUGUUCAACAUGACUUUCGAUUGGACACACUUUUUUCCCAUAAAUUACCAAUUUCCUCUUGAUUCGCACAAAUAUUAACGAUAGAAUUUUAUUGAUCUAUGUAUGCAAACUUUUACGAGUAUCUAAUCUUUAUGAAAUAGUAAACAUUUCCGCGAACCAAACAUGUUUGCAUUUGUUUCUUUAAAGUUCGAUGGUAAUAUUAACGAAAAAAAUCAGUCCAACGAAAGACAUAAUAUUUAAUUUAUCAGGGGGUAUAAACGGUGUGCGUUUAAAGAAUUCAAGGGUUUAAACUUGUCUAUUUAUUUAAUUGAAUAAUAUUAAUUACGAUAAUGGUGGCAGUCAAAUGUGCGUGUUUCAUAUAGUGUGGGUAAGAAUUGAAUCGAUGUGGAACAUUCGUAUCUGCGUCGAAUUACUAUUUACAAAAACGUUAGAAUAAAAGAACAAAAAUUACAAUUUUAUAGAGAAUUCUUUCUAGCAAUGAAUUUAUAAUCCUCAUUGUAAAUUUAUUGUAAAAGGUGAGAAAAUAUGAAAAAAAUACGUAAUAAAACGAGACAAAUAAAAACGAAUGUGUAAUAUAGCAAGUAAAACAGUAUUUGCAAUAAACUAAGAUUCUUUCUUUUACAUUGAAUUCUAUUAACACAUUUGACGAUUGUCGACAACGAUGGAAGUGUAAAAAGAUGCUUCUGUUAUUGCCUUUUAUUAAUCUUGGUAUUAAUAGCAGUAGAAUGGUACUCAGUAUUGUGUGAUAUAAUAAAUAAUUAACAUGAAUUUUAUAGUUACUAUAAAAACCAUAAUGCAACAUUCACUAGUAUCACGUUACCACACUGUACUAAACAAAUGUUAGCGUAUAUGAUAUAUAUACGGGUUAACAUUAUGUAGGACAAGGCAUUUGAAAUGACCACUUCAAAUAGCAUCAUUCUUUUGGAGGGUCAAAUGGAAACUGGACAGUUCUCGAAACGUCAACUACGAAGAACUGUGUGUUAAAAAAUAUACUAUAAUUUCGCUAUAGAAAGAUUUCGUUUCAAGAAAAUAAAGAUCAUCUUCAAAUCAUCUAGGUGCUUUCACCUAAAAACAUUCCAUUUCAUCUUUAUAUUUGAUAUAAAACCAUGUAACUUUUAUUUAACUUACUUUGUGUUAAUAUAAUAACAACGUUGUUAAUUUCAAAUGCCUUAUUCUGCACAUUUGGCAUUUAAAGUGAGCGCAAUAGAAUUCCUUUUCUUUUUUUUUUCUUUUUUUUUUAACAUGAUGAAAUAAUAUAAAAUUUUGUUUAUAAUUAUCUAUUCGUUCAAUUUAUUACCAAUCAAAUAAGCAAUUAUUGCAAAUACUUGUUUUUGUUUUUAUUAAUUGUAGAAGUCUCGUUUUCACAAGGAUUUUUUUAAAUCGCGAUUUUGUAAUUAAUGAUUAGUUUUUGUAUCGGUAUUUUAGCUACUACUAAUUACUGUUAAGCGAUUAGUUAAUCAAAUGCUGUUUUUAUAGUCGAUAGAAGAUCAAUUGAUUUAUUACCAUUUCAAAUUCAAACUGCAUGCAUUUCUAACGAGGAAAUGAAAUGUAUAUCGGUAGGAGUCACCUAGAACAUAACUGCGGGAUUUCGAAUCGUCAUUUAUACAGGUAAUGUAACAAUUAAGCGCUACAUUUGUUACACAAACAUAGUUGUAACUACCGAGUUAUCGUCGUGACCGUAACUAGAAAUAAUUGAAGGUUCGGUACAAGUCUUUUGAGAAACGAGAACUAGUUUUUUAGAAGAUAAAGUAAAUUACACGAGAAGUGACAAAUUGUUGUCCAGUUAAUUAAGAAGCGUUACGAGUUUUUGUUCGUGUAUUUUGGAAGAUACCUUUCAAACGUAUUGUCUGCCGUAAUAUACAUUGUACAGUCUAAUAAGCACUUGAAGAAAAAACCAUAGAAGCUCCAAGUGAACAACGAAAUGUAAAGUAAAAGAUCCUACUUUCAAUUACUGUUGGGCCAUUUAAAUGAAUUACCUAAGUUCCGUUAAAUAUUAACUUAGUUAGUGGUGCACAAGAUCAACGCGAAAGGAACAAAAACCUCAUAUAGAAAUAAUUUCAAAAGAAUAUUUAAAUGUAGUCGAUGUUUUAUUCAGUUAGUAUCACUAUAAUUACGCAUCGUAUUAUUGUAUUGAUCAGAAAAAAUGACAGUAACAGUUGGAAAAAAACUAAGCAACAAGUCUGUAUCAGCAUGUGUAAUAUCACCAGCGAAAGUCAGGAAUUGUAUAAUUUGCGAUAUGAUUUCUUUUGUUAUGAUCUAUACUUUUCUUUAUUAUAAUGAAUAUUGUACAACAAUAAUAAUUUAUGACAAGAGGUAUGAAAAAGCUUCAUUUGGUUAUUAAA